GCUGCGGCGCCCGCGCAGCCCUGGAGCGCGGAGGAGCUGCGGAGCGAGGCGCUGCCCAAGAAGGACAUCAUCAAGUUCCUGCAGGAACACGCGGCGCAGGCGGUACGGCACGGCGCGGCGCCCGGCCACCAACCGGCCCGGCCCGCAUCGGAGCCGUUCUGCGAUCAGGGGCCGCCGAAGUACGUCAAAUCCAUCUUAAAGAAGGGCGACAAAACCAACUUCCCAAAGAAAGGAGACACCGUGCACUGCUGGUACACCGGGAAGCUGCAGGACGGAACCGUCUUCGACACCAACAUUCAGACCAGUUCAAAGAAGAAGAAAGCAGCCAAACCUUUAAGUUUCAAAGUUGGCAUAGGAAAAGUUAUCAGAGGCUGGGAUGAAGCUCUCUUAACUAUGAGUAAAGGAGAGAAGGCUCAGCUGGAAAUUGAACCUGAGUGGGCGUAUGGCAAGAAAGGGCAGCCGGAUGCUAAAAUUCCACCAAAUGCAAAACUUUUCUUUGAAGUGGAAUUGGUGGACAUUGAGUGAAAUGAAGGUUUUUCUUUGCUGCUGGGAAUGCAUUUGAGCAAGAAAGCUUCUGACAGCUGCAGUUCUGCUCUCGUAACUUCAGGAUAUAACUACAACUGUGGCCUUGUAUUGAAAUCAAAGUUGCUCCCCCCGACUGCUGUACAGUAACACACCACUAAAGAAAACAUUGUUUAUACGUGCAA